AUGAGUGAUCAUGCGGAAGAAAACUGCAAGAAAAGCAAUUCUGACCAGGAAAUGUCUGCAGAAGGAAAUGUCUCUUCUGCUAAGGACUGCUCAGUAACGCAAAAACAAUUGCAACAACUUGAGAAACAAUUAAAAUGCUUAGCCUUUCAAAAUCCACAAAAUCCAGGACCUCAGGUAGUUGACUUCAAUCCUGAAACUAGAGAGCAGAAAAAGAAAGCGCGCAUGUCACAGAUGAAGCAAGACUUUUUUUAUAAGCCCAAAAUUACAAAGAAGUACGACAAACAUGGCAGGCUGCUUUGUAAUAACAUGGAUUUGUGUGAUUGCCUGGAAAAGAACUGUCUGGGUUGCUUCUAUCCUUGCCCUAAAUGCAAUUCAAACAAAUGUGGACCAGAAUGUCGCUGCAAUAGGAAAUGGGUUUAUGAUGCAAUUGAGACUGAAGCUGGGAAUGUGAUCAGCGUGUUGCCAUUUUUUGUCCCUGACUGAUUUUGUUCUGAUAGUUUUUGUGCCUGAGCGAAGUUCUUUUUUCUUCACAUUUUAUUACGGUAAAUCUUGGCUUUAUGAAUUGUCUUUAGUGAAGUGCCUGGCAGUGGUGCUUGUGCUUCUUUACUGCUGCCUACCUAGCAGACUUUAACCUUCCCCAUUAAGUAAAAGUAUGUAUUUCAUUCUUCCUCAUCCUUGUGAGCUUUACUGAGGCAUCUAGUCAGUCCUCUCUAAAUCUUGACUUUCUAAAACGGAAGGUGUCUGGACUGCUGUGGGAAGACAAUUUUCUUACCCUGGGAAGCUGAACCACAUUACUUGUAAUGA